GUUCCCACAUAUUUUCUGGACUCCUUGUGCUGCUCACUGUAUCAACUUGAUGUUUGGUGACAUUUUCAAAGAGGCCCCGUAUUCUACAGCUUUUGGUAAGGCUGUUAAGAUACAUUCUUAUAUCAGUCAAAGGGCACUGUUGUUGAAUAUGAUGAGGAGAUACACAAAGCAAAAAAACUUGGUAAAACCUGCUAAGACAAGAUUUGCAACAACUUUUUUGACAUUGCAUAGUUUUUAUAUGCGAAAGAAAAGUCCGUGAACCUUGUUUAUGUCCACUGAAUGGAAUGAGAGUGUCCAUGCAAAAGAAACUCUUGGGAAAGAAGUUGCAAGACACAUCAUUAGUCCAUAUUUUUUGAAUGAUACUGUUCAAGCACUUAGAGUUGGUGGUCUUUUAGUUAAUGUACUUCGUAUGGUGGAUGGGGAGAAAAAACCACCAAUAGGCUACAUUUAUGAAGCCAUGGAUAGGGCCAAAGAAAGUAUUGAAAAGGCAUUCAAUUAUGAUCAUAGAAAAUAUAUGAAUGUUUUCAAAAUCAUUGAUGCAAGGUGGACGGAUCAACUUCAUCAACCUUUACAUGCAGCUGGACAUAUUUUGAACCCGGGGCUCUAUUAUAUAAAUAAUGAGAUGAAGACUUUAACUGAAGAAGUGUGGUUGGGAUAUCAUGCAUGUGUUGAGAGGAUGAUCCUAGAUAAAACUUUGCAAGACAAUAGGGGAUGAGCUUGGGGUGUACAUGAAAGCUGAUGGCCUACUUGGAAUUGAGUCGGCCAUUAGAGCUAGAACCUUAAGGUCACCAGUUGAAUGGUGGAUGCAAUAUGGUCAUAAUGUCCCAAACUUGCAACAAUUUGCUAUUAGAGUGCAAAGUUUAACUUGUAGCUCAUCCGGUUGCGAGAGAGAUUGGAGCGUGUAUGAAGAACAUAUUCAUACUAAAAAGAGAAACAUGCUUGAGUUAAAACGCCUGAAUGAUCUAGUGUUCAUCAAAUAUAAUAGAACAUUGGUGCGUCACUACAAUGCUCGCAAUACCAUUGAUCCAAUUUUGUUGGAUAAUAUUGAUGAUGCAAAUGAAUGGUUAACUGGAGCACCCCAAAAUCAUGAAGAUGAAGAAGUAUACGAAGGAGAAGGUCUCACUUAUGUUAUAAUACUCAUCAAAAGACGGCAAUUUGAGCAAGUGAAAGCUGCAGUUCCUGUUAUUCUUGGUGUUUUAAAGUCCAUGUCCUUAGAGACAGAUGAGGAAGGCAAAGAUACUGAGGACUUAUUCCACAAAGCAAUUGCUCUUGCAGAUUCAAUACAAGCUGUUUGCAAAAAGUUGGAACAGAAAGAUAAGAAAAAACUCUGUGCUUUGUUGGGCAUGUAUGUCUUGCAAGUCAUGGCUCUUGUUUCAAUUGCAAUGGGGCAUAUAAUUUCAAGUCUUCUUCCCAUUAUGAUACAACUAUCACACUUUCUUCCAAUCUGUGGUUUAUCAUAUGAGGGAUUAAUUACUGGACUUGAUGUAGAUAAGUUCACAACCAUAUGUGGAGAUGAAGGGGACAAUAGCAUUGCUUGCUUUUCUCAUGUCAAGCAUGGUGGAUCACUUGCAGUAAUCUGGGGUUACAAAUCCAAUGAGACAUCAGUGGCUGCUGAUGCAGAUUUUGAAGCAGUGAAAAAUGAACUUCAAAAGAACCAGAGUAAAAGAUGGCAGGCAAUUGGCAUGUUAAAGCACGUCUUCUCAAGUGUUGACCUAUCAUGGGAAUUGAAAGCGCAUGCUCUUGAUUUCCUGCUUUGCAUUAUGGAUGGAUGUGUGCACCAAGAAAUUCAAAAUGAUACAAUGGGCCACUCCACAUAUAUGCCUACUCUAUAUAUAUCAUUGCAGGCGAUUGAAAUGGUCAUUAUAUAUGCACCAAAUGCUGUUUUGCGGAAGAAAUCUUUUGAUGCCCUGAUGAAGGUGCUUGCAGAUGUUCCAAGUUCCUUAAGGUUUGACAUCUUAACGGCUUUGAUACAGAAUAGCGAGUCUUCUUCUAUGAUUGCAAUCCUCUUAGAUUGUAUCAGAAGGGAAAUGCACGACGAAUAUAGUAGAAGCAUCUCGGUAACAAGUGGAGUCUCAAAGUCAGAGGUGAAAUAUUGUCAAUGUCUCUCAUUUUGGAGUGCUGGUGUUCUGGAGCUAGUAGAGCUGGUUCUAAAGCCUCCAAAUGGCGGCCCUCCAUCUCUUCCUGAAUACAGUGAUGCUGUUCUAUCAGCUCUCAAUCUCUAUCGGUUUGUAGUGAUCAGAGAGUCAACAGGAAAAACGAACUGUACUGGAGUGCUCUCUAAGGACAUGUUGCAGAAGGCUUACAACGAAUGGCUUCUACCUUUGCGUACGUUAGUGACAGGAGUCAUGGCAGAAAACCAGCAGGAUCAUGACCAACUAGCAUCGGACACAAUGUGUGCCUUGAACCCCAUUGAGUUAGUUUUAUAUCGUUGUAUUGAACUUGUUGAAGAUAAUCUGAAACAUGCAUAGCUUUAUCACCAAUCUGUUACAGUCAUCUGGUAGUGUUUUCUAGAUUUUACGAACAAUACAAGAAAAAUGUAAUGUUUAUUUUCAGCUAGUUUGUCUUGUUAUUUUUCUUUUUUCCAUUCAGUCACGUAAAUUCCCAGAGUCGCAAUCUUUUAGUUUAAUGAGAGAAUUAUGUACCGACAUUUUUGCUGAAGGUGGAUUCCUUGUUGCCAAUAUAAAAUUAGCUUUGGAGUGA